AUGAUCAGGGAUAUUUCCCAAACAAAGACAUGGCCUGACCACCUCUCGUCACUGGACGAGGUGUACUACAUGGCCCAAAAAAUGCUGUGGUGCAAGUACUUUGGCGACCUGUUUACCUGGGCUUUCUACGGCCUACUCAUCGUUCAGGCGUACUUCUAUUACAUCAACUACCCCGAUGACAAGAAGUGGACUCGCUUUCUAGUCCUCGCUCUCUUCCUCAUUGAGACGGCCUCGACCGCAUUUGUUUCUUGGGCUGGUUACAAGACUAUCAUCGCCGGCUGGGGUCACUCACCUUACCUCCCUGCGGCCACUUACGGCUCCAUGAUGUUUGACUGCACCGUGUCGAGCAUCGUACAUGGCCUCUACGCCUUUCGCAUCUCGGUCCUCUACCAACGCCGGUGGAUUCGCGACAUGACCAUCGGUCUCACCCUGGCGAUGGUCAUCAUGCUUCUCUCGAGCGCUCAAUGGGCAUGCUGCAUGGUGGCAGCCAUCUACAACGCCCUUCAGUCCAAGCAGGGUCCCGGUAAGCGCUUCAUUGCACGCAAGUUCUUCCGCGUCUGGCUCGUCAUUGCCACCGUCGACGACAUUCUCAUCACUGGGCUGCUCGCCUACAAGCUCUACACCUCGCGCAGCGGUGUCAACUCUACCAAUGCAUUCAUCAAGAAGCUCCUCUACAUCAUUAUUCCUUGUGGCUUCCUUACGGCCUUCGUCACGCUUAUGAUCCUGGUCAUACAAGUCCAUUGGACUGGCACGAAUCUCUAUCAAUUCCUCAUUAUUGUCCUGAGCAAACUCUACACCAACAGCGUGCUCCUCUGUCUGAACCUCAGGCCCAGCCGCAAGAAGACAUCGAGGCAUACCGUCGGCGUCGGCAUGGAGCAAAGGCCGGACAAGAGCGGUGGAUCGAGCCAAUUCCGGCUUGAUGGCGUCCAGAUCGACAGCAAGCUCGAGCAGGCGAUGUCGCCGGGCAGGAACUCUGGCAACCACGAGGGCAGCUGCAACUCUCACCAGCAUGAAGUAAGCAGCGUUGCCAGCGCCGCCCCAUUCAGCAAUCUCGACGAGAGCAGCCGCAAGUGGCCAGCGCUCAAGUCAUCAUCCUUGUGCUCCUAA